AUGGAGUGGAGUCCGUCUUUACAGGGACCACAUGAAACCGCCAUCUGGUUUACUCAGUCCCAGCUUCAGUCUGUGAUCAGGAACGGGAUAGUUCCCGAAUGGUUCCAUGGGAUCAUCUCAAGGAAGACAGCAGAGGAGCUUCUGAUGUCCAAGCCUCCAGGUUACUUCCUCAUCAGAGUCAGUGAGAGCAGGAUUGGUUACACGCUGUCAUAUCGUGCUGAGGAUCGCUGCAGACAUUUCAUGAUUGAUGUGCAGGAGGAUGGUCAUUACAUCAUAGUUGGGGAGACGAUGCACCACCAGUGUUUGCAAGACAUGGUGGACUUUCAUCGAAGGUCUCCCAUCAUGCCUUACAAUGAGGUGUUGACUGUAGCUUGUGGACAGAGCUCCAGUAUCAAGACUGACUAUGCAGAACUACUGUUUCCCCAAAGACAUCCAAAUCCUAACACAAGUUCGCUGCCAAACAACUCCCUUAAUGCCGACACAAAUCUCAAACUAUCACAAGAAGUGAUCCCACCUGCUCUUCCAAAUCGACCAAACAACAUGAAGCUUCCUGCAGUUGGGUCUCAAGGUCGACUUUACCCUCGACUGGAGGAGCAAUUUCCAGAAGUCAUCUCCUCUCUUCAGCCCACACCUGUGCUAACGAACAGGAACAACCAUCCUCCUGAACUUCCUGAUCGGAGCUCUCUUCCUCCUCUGAAGCAGAAUCAGGCCUGCACCAGAACAGUUUCUGCCCCUCAAACACCCACUGAGCACCCAUCUAGCCCUCAAAGGAACCAAGAAGCAAAGCCAUCAGUUGUUUCAAACCUCAAGAACUUUAAGAAAAAAUUUCAAAAGAAAAGAAGCCCUUCACAGGAGCUGAUGAAUGCAGAAAGUAGUAUUGAGGCGACUGAGAAUGUGUACCAGGAAAUCACAGAGGAGCAGGGCUUCAGUAGUCUGCCUCUUUCCUACACCUGCCCUGAGGUGGGACUGACCAAUGGAGGGCUACCAUAUGAGUACAAACAGCCUCCACCUUUUGCCCCAGGUUACUGAUUAUCGGACACUUUCUUUAGUUAGAAAUGGUUUGAUUGAGGGAUUGUAUGACUGAAACAUAAAAGUAGCCUAUAAAGGAAAAGGAGCUGUAAUCCAGAAACUAAAGAUACUAAAGCUUUUUAAAAAGUAACAUUUCAAGAUUCUUUGUUGACAUGGAUCUUGUCUUUUUCUUUCAUUGCUGUUUGAGACAUUUUGUACCUUUCUAAAUAGGACAGUAACAAGACAUUAUGGAGCAGAGUGGGAGAAGAGCCUGGUGCAUUUCACUACGUGGUCUGGUUUGGUUCAGCAGAGUUUGGUGCAGUUUAGCAUGGUAAACCCAGAUCUUGUUCAUGUUUACACAGUCAUCUUAACUUUUACUUGGUAAACAGGUUGUAAGGCAGUAGUUAGGCUAGCUUCACCCUUAAGGGUUGGAUAGACACACCUGGUAGCCUAACAUAAUGGUGCCAAAACAUUAGGGUGGGGUGGAUCAGUUAUUAUGGUGUUUUUCCUUAUUUUUGGUAGUGAAAAGAAACCCAAACAAUUUCUGUAUUUUACCAAACCAAACUAAACUCAGUUGCUUGGUGGUUUGCGAUCAGAGGACUGUAGCCUUUUCACAUGGGGCACACAGUCUUAUUAGUUAGAAAACCAGCACCUUGCCUAACAAAUUUAAGGCAAAAAACUUCAUUGUUCUGCUUUUUGUGCUUGAUUUUGGCAAAAUACAACAUCCUACCAAAAAUUGGCUUAGCCUUAUAUAGUACUUUUUUAUUAGGGAAACAGCUGUCACAUCUACCAAAGGACAAACUCUGCUUUACGUAUUUAUUCACUUAUAUUUAUACAGCUAAAACUCAGUGCACUUAACAUCCUCGCUAAGCAAAGUUCAUUGAAUUAAAGAAUGAAUAAAAUCUUGUUUUGUCUUUGUGGCUGUUCUCAUUUACUUCGGACAGUCUGCCUCGUAUAUCUUCUUUAGUCACACAUGUCCCUGACAGCUUGUUGUGUGUUCCUCACUGGAAAGAUGUAGGUAGCAAGACUUAGCGAGCAGAGUUUGUUGCGUGUGUCAAAAGUCAUGACAUUACUGGCGUAACUACAGUGACUCAUGAAUGCUUUUUUUUUGUUGUUGUUGUUGUUGUUUUUUUAAAAUAUUGAAUUCUUUUUAAAUACAGAAAAAAAGACAACCUUUAACAUAAGAAGAGGAUGCAUUUUCUUGCUCAAUCGUAAAUUUAAGCUCAGUGUUUCACUAUUCCUCUCUGGUACUGUAAUACAGGGUGAUAAAGCUGAAAGAGGAAGUUUUGUUCAGCGCAUGUAAAUCAGGCAUGUGAAGGUAAUGUGAGCUGCUUUGAAUACAGGAGUUCUAGGCUUCCUCGUACCACAUGCAGAUAUGUUCUCUGAAAGUAACGAGCAAAGCUGGAAGAAAAUGCAGGUACUUAUCAAACUUGUCCCACAGGUAGAAACAUUCACAUAAGUCAAAAUGUUUCUGACAGAUAUCUGAACACAUCUGAAAAUGUUUAAACCAAAUAAACCAAACAUUUCUACUUAAAGCUAAAAGGACUUUA